AUGGCAACGACCUCCGCGACGGACAUUGUCGUAGUGUACCAGCAGCAAGAGUUCUACGUGUCAACACCAACCUCUCCCGAUCAAAAGACGCUACCAGUGGAUUUGCUGCAGUGCCAGCUCCUUUCGCUCACGCGAGUGCUUCCCGAUGAGCAGAUCCUCGUGUCCUCUAGUACUGGAGAAGUGCUGUUCGCGCCAAGCAUGAGCGACGUGACGGCGAUUUCCAUGUCAAACGAGAGCCGGUCUCGCUUCUUCCUCUACUCCAGCACUGGAUCUGUUUCAAAGGAACUGCCCGAUGUAGCAGAUGAUUGGCGACAGAUUUGUACCAAGAGCACGUUUGGUGACGCGGCGGUAGUGCAGCCAGCAUUCCGAGCAGUCACGCAGAGUGGGGGUGACCCCCUUGUCACUCUCAUAUGUGAACCGUGUGCAAAGACUUGCACGACAGGCUUCCAGCGAGUAAGUCCUAUCGAGUGGAACGCAUCACCGACGAUGAUGUCACGGUUCGUUUCUGAUAUCACUCUUGUUGCGGGAGACGUCGAUGUUGCUGCACCGUCUGGAUAUACAAAACUGCCGGUGGAGCUGAACUACUCGGCAUCAGGCGACUAUGUGUAUUUGUGUGUAAAGCGUGGAGGGCCGCUAGCUUUGACGCAGAUUCACGUUUUACUGGAGCAACGAGGCACCGGAAAUGCCAUCUCUACUGCUGCUGAUUCUAUUUCGUGCACACCAGAACGCAUUAUUGAGGUUGAUCGUAAGAUUUGUGGCGAUGAAAUUGAGCCGACCGUUCGUAUCGGGUAUGACUCGGUGCAACUUGUGGGUAAUAUGGAGCAGUAUGAGAUGCUCGCAAUCACUGAAAUUGCUGUCGUUGUUGGCGAUGAACCCGUCCCACCACCUUCCUACGUAAAGAUAGCACGAAAUCUGAACGAAGGUGUGAUGGGCGCUCUGCCUGUUUUUCUGUACUACCGCUUGUCAGCUCUGGGAGGAUUCGCAUGUGAUUCAGGCAGGGAGCACAGCGACUUCGGUGAAUGUCUUUUUACCGCCCGUCAUCUAGCUGGAGUGAGCAGCACACUCGAUUUGGAUGAACAACGAUUGACCAUCCCGCGGACUACUUUCGCAAUCGAGCGAAGGCGCGGCGAUGCGCGGAUUUUGAAGGAAUACUAUCGCCGACGCGAACCGGGUAUGGUGAAGCGACUGCAAAGCGGACUGCAACGUGCACAGUCGUACGAAAAUCGAGGGAUGCAGCUGGAGGCACUCAAACGAAUUCCAGUGGAUGUGCUCCAGGCACGUGCGCAAGCCAAUCCGUCGCCCAUGCCACACGCUCAGGACGAAUUGGUCAAGCAAUUGUUGCACUGGUUUAAGCAUGAGUUUUUUACGUGGAUGAAUCAACCUCGUUGCUCCGUCUGUAAUAAUGAACAAACGAGGCCGGUGCGUACCGAGGGCCCUAGCACAGCCGAAGAGAUCAGUGGCCAGGCUGGCCGUGUUGAGGUGUACCAGUGCCCUGCGUGUGGUGCUUUAACUCGAUUUCCUCGCUAUAAUGACCCAGUAAAGUUGCUAGAUACACGCACUGGUCGAUGUGGAGAAUGGGCAAAUUGUUUUACACUUUGCUGCCGCGCGAUGGGAUUCGAAGCUCGAUACGUCCUAGAUGUUACGGACCACGUCUGGACUGAGGUAUACUCCGAGCACUUUGAUCGGUGGCUGCACUGUGACUCAUGCGAAGACCAACUUGACUGCCCUCUGACAUAUGAGGUUGGAUGGGGUAAGAAACUGUCGUACAUUUUUUCGUUCGGCUAUGACGAAGUGGUUGACACGACGAGGCGAUACACCCAGAGGUGGUCCGAAAUCCUUACCAGGCGUCAAGACGUAAGUGAAGAUUGGCUGAGGACGACCAUCAGUCAGAUCAACCACGGCCUUCAGGAACGACAAAGUCCUGAAAGGGUAGUCAUUUUGACAGCGCGUGCCAUAAGUGAGCAAAAAGAACUGCUUUAUCGGCGCUCUGCGCAAAUGAAUGAAGUAAAGGGUCGUGUUUCCGGAUCAGCCGAAUGGAAAGACCAACGAAACGAAGCCGGAAAGCAAGGAGAAGAACCUCACCACAACGUGCCGUCUACAGUGAAGAUAUCGCCUGCUGUACCGUCUGCCGAGGUCUUGCAGAAUAUUUGCAAGAACUUGGUGAUUGGUUGCCAAUUCGCGGAUUGCGCGAAUCCAUUUUGCUUCACUGGUCGAACACGAAUGUGUUAUUUGGGUGUGCCGUCCGACGUGACUGAACGGGCCGCGCAAGCUCUACAGAUUGUGCAAGCGUUGAGCUCAAUGGAAUUCUUGCCAGCAUCUCUGAUGAUGAUUAUGUGUCCACUGGAACCGACAGAGCUUCGUCAAUAUAUUUGGAAGAAUAAACCGCUGAUGUAUUUACCGCUGCAGGAUUUCCCAGUGAUGCAUACCGGUGGAAACGUGCCUUUACUUGAUAUCUCAGGCAAUGGCAAUCAUGCAAAUAAUUCACAGCGCUGUGCUUUGCGCAAACCAUUCCGAGUUCGUACUUUGAGCCAGGCGCGUGACACCAAUGUUGGAGCUGGAAGUCAGAGGGAUAAUAGAGCAUUUGGUAUGCAGCUUAUAGGAGGUAAGACGUUAUCCGUUUCGGAAUCAAGUCUGGCUUGCAGUACGAACUUCGUGCUGUCACUUCUUGUUCGCUUCGAUCCAAAUGAGUCACCGCAUGCUGUAAGGUCGGAUACAGUGGAAGUCUUGGCUGGUCGACUUGGGUCACUCGAAUCCCCAUCAUCGAUUGAGUUUCGCAUGCACUGGAAAUUUCAUGAGCGGCAGUUCUCUUGUGAGCUUCGAUGUCAAAAUAAGACUGCUGAGACGCCUGUAUCUCCAACGACGUUAUUGGUCUUGGGUGGGCACGCCCACGUUGCCAUAGCCCGAAUCGAGAAAAAUGCUGUGGUGCUGUACCUCAACGGAGCAGAAACGCUGGUGCUCGAAGGAGUGUGUGGAUCGAGCAUAAGUGAUGUGUGUAUACAGGGGCCUGCAACCACGUAUCCAAGUGUUGCGACUGUAAUCAGUCAUGUGGCUAUGAUACCUGUGAAGACGUUGGAGGAGGCUGGUAAUUUCUGCGCCGGCAUAAAAAACUUUGUACCUGCUCCUCCCUUUGAAAGCAUUUAG